AUGCCAAAUCCACGACAUCUUGCAUGCAAAGAUCUCGGUCUCCCCCGUUGUCACCUCCGGUUGCGUGCCGUUACUAUCAGGGGCACCACUCGUAAAGUUGGUGAUGCUCUUUCUGCUAUCAGCAAGCGGAUUGCCCGUUGUCGCAUCCGCAACCCUAGGUCCAAGAAGCCUAAACAGCCUCCUGCGCCCACUGCCACCCCUCCUACCCUUGUCGUUGAACCUCCUUCUCCUACUCCAACCUCAAGCUCUACCCCAACUACGCAGACAUCCCGUUCCGGGAUGGCUUUUCCGCAUUCGCCCACUCCUACGGCUAUUAACACUCGCUCCAGCCUAUCUUUGUCACUCGCCCCUGGUUUGCCUAUGGAGGUGGACGCUCUCAGGGCUCCGCAGCAACACUCUGACGGUUACUCUCGUCUUGGGCCUAUUCAGCCUAGGGAGGGAAUUCAGACCGCGCGUCGUGGCGGUGGACCGCCUCGUGUCUUUGGUGCAAACCGUCCACGUUGUCACAUGUCGAGUACUCUGGUCCGGGAAGUAGUUACUCUGGUCUCCAUGUAUAUAUAG